AUGGGACUCACCCCUUACUUGGGAAUAGAGAGGGGAAACAUAGCAUGUCACAAGAGCGAGGCGAGGUUUGGAACCCUACUGCGGGAGGGACGCCUCGCGAGCCGGGCUUUUAGAGAUGAGGCCUUUUGGCAAAGCCAAGUCAAUUUCGGGCCACCAAACCCUGCAACUGAUGAAAAGGCCCUAUGGAAGCGUGUACGUUGUCACACUCCCUGCCUUCCAAAGGUGCCUAGAGGACGGGCCAGACGCAGCAGAGCGACGACCUGGGAGCGGAUUCCCCGCCGGCAGGGGGACAGGAGACGGCCAUCUCAAGGCGCAUCACGACCUACAGGCAACACCGGCGAGACCUGGGAAGGCAACCCGAUUGGGAGUCAGAGGAUCCAUAGUACCCGCAGCCUCCCGGACUUCAUAUUCAUCAUUUUUGAAAGUGGGGGGAAGGGAUCUCUUUUCUGCAACGGAAAAAAACGGAGCAGAUUUGACUCGGCACAACCUAACGAUACAUCCAAUACCAAUGAUCUGUGUCUAGAAUGCGUUGCUAGAUCUCUGCUCUAG